GCUGCGAAGAAUUAGUUGCAAAGCGGCUUUCUUGCGGGGAACAUCGAGCAAUUCGAGGAACGGAGACCGAAACAAACCGGAGAAGAUUGCCACGCGAAAAGAAAAAUUGGUGCUAAGACCCCGCUAAAACAAAAAGUACAAAACAUCCCCAUCAAAACCGCAAAACUGCAGCAACAUCAGAAAGAGAAAAGUGCACAAAACACGCAUAAAAAAGAUACAAAGUUCCUAUUUAAGUGCCGGCCACUUAACACCGUCGAAUUAAAUCGAAUCGAAUCAAGCGGAUCCAAGAUGCUCACCAGACAGCCCGACUACACCAUCUCCGAACUGGGCCAUCCCAUACACCAGUGGCCGGAUUCGACCCUGUGCGAGUCCCUCAAGAAACUGGACCAUAAAAAGUUGCCAAGUUCCCCGCCUUCACCUCAUCGCCUCCUGCCACUGAGGGAAACCCUGGACGAUUAUUUCAAGCGAUUGACGAUGAGGAGCAGAGAAGACUUAGCAGAGGAUCCCAUUUACCAGCAGAAACAGCGGAAGAAUCAGUGGAACGAGCAGCAGCAAAGACGCAAUCUAAAAUGUCGAGAUAAAGGCGAGUUCAGAGCAACAACAACGACGAUAGCGACGACCUGCGAUCUAAACAAUUUUUGAGAUUGGAACAAGGGGGAAGAAUACGUAUGGGGUAGCAACCUAAGCGGACUGAUUAAAUGUGCUAAAAUAAAAUCACCUUUUGCCUAGAACAUUAAGUACAUUAAAUGUUAAGUAAAGAAAAAACCUAUAACACUUUAUUCUAAUUUAAUUGCCAGCCACGCAGUUAGCAUACGAAAAGAUUUUCAAAUGGAAUUUCAACGGCCCAUUAAAAUGUAAACAAAAUGCGGAGAAGAGUAGUGAAUAGAACA